UAAGUCUCUGCAACUUCUUCUCCCCUUAAAUAUUCGUCGAAUAUUAGGAAAACUUACAAAACAAAACAGAAUCGCUUUAUUGUUUACUUCUUCUUCUGUCUCCUCUUAUCCACACACACUUCAAAACAACCAAACCAACCAACUAUGUUUCUUUUUCUCAUCUUCAUCAUAAACAUACUACUCUUACUAACAUCAUCAUCAUCAUCAGAUCUUCGACCUGGAUUUUACUCAUAUACAUGUCCACAAGCUGAAACCAUUGUAAAAAAUGUCAUGAAAAAAGCUCUUUUAAGAGAACCCAGAAGUCUUGCCUCUGUUAUGCGCUUUCAAUUUCAUGAUUGCUUUGUUAAUGGGUGUGACGCUUCUAUGUUGCUUGAUGAUACACCAAGUAUGAUAGGAGAGAAAUUAGCUCUUUCGAAUAUAAAUUCGCUUAGAUCAUAUGAAGUUAUUGAUGAGGUUAAGGAGGCUUUAGAGAAGGCUUGUCCAGGUGUUGUUUCUUGUGCUGAUAUCAUAAUCAUGGCUUCUAGAGAUGCUGUAGCACUGACAGGAGGACCUGAGUGGGAGGUAAGACUAGGAAGAUUGGAUAGCUUGACAGCUAAUCAAGAAGACUCAAACAAUAUAAUGCCAAGUCCAAGAGCCAAUGCAAGCACUCUGAUCAACCUCUUCAAGAAAUACAACCUCUCUGUGAAAGACCUUGUAGCACUCUCAGGAUCUCACUCGAUCGGGAAAGGUCGUUGUUUUUCGAUAAUGUUCAGACUAUACAAUCAAUCCGGUAGUGGAAAGCCUGACCCUGCUAUUGAUCUUGGUUUCAGAAAAGAGCUUAACAAACUAUGUCCACUAGAUGUUGAUCAAAAUGUGACAGGGAAGCUUGAUUCAACUCCUGUGGUUUUUGAUAACCAAUAUUUUAAGGAUUUGGUUGCUGGAAGAGGAUUUCUGAACUCUGAUCAAACACUUUUCACUUUCCCUAAAACAAGAGGGUUUGUGAGUUUGUAUAGUAAAGAUCAAACUGAGUUUUUCAAAGCAUUUGUAGAAGGGAUGUUGAAAAUGGGUGACUUGCAGUCUGGUCGACCUGGUGAAGUUAGGAGGAAUUGCAGAGUCGUUAAUGCUCAUUUCCUUUCUCAACACAAGAAGAUGCAUAAUAAUGAUAAAUCUAUGUAAAUUACAUGCUUGUAAUCAAGAGUUGUCGAUUAAUUAAUAAGACCACAUUUUAACUUAGAAUCUAUAUAUGAAAUGACAAAAUAAAUUGUAUAGUAUGUGAACCAUCUCAUCAUCCCAAUUCAUAAGAUAAGCAAUGAUCUUUUGUUUGAUUGAA